AUGCCGCCUGGGCCUGUGCAGAUCAUGCAGCCGGAGCUGAAUAACAAGAACCCUUUCACACUUACGAGGUCUGGUUUUGUAUUUCAGCCACAUGAGCAAGGCAAUUUCCCUCCUCCCACUACUCCUGAGGAGCUGGGCGCUCGUAUCCUGAUCCAGGAGCGUUAUGAGAAGUUUGGAGAGAGUGAGGAGGUGGAGAUGGAGGUUGAGAGUGAAGAUGAAGAGGAUGAGAGAGUGGGCAGGGUGGUAGGACAUGCAACUCAGUUAGACCAGGACACACAGCUGCAGGACAUGGACGAGGGCUCUGAUGAAGAGGAUAAUGGCAUGAAGGCUCCUCUACCCCCUGAUAACCCUGUGCCACCACCUCUGCCUCCCACCCCGGACCAGGUUAUCAUCCGCAAAGACUAUGACCCCAAGGCCUCUAAGCCUCUGCCUCCUGUGGUCGCCCCUGGAGAGUACCUCAUCUCUCCCAUCACUGGUGAGAAGAUCCCAGCCAGUAAGAUGCAGGAGCACAUGCGCAUCGGCCUGCUGGAUCCCCGCUGGCUGGAGCAGCGUGACCGCAGCAUCCAUGAGCGUCAGAUCGAGGAGGAGGUGUACGCUCCGGGCCUGGACAUUGAGAGCAGCCUGAAGCAGCUGGCCGAGAGACGUACAGAUAUCUUCGGUGUGGAAGAAACGGCCAUUGGUAAGAAGAUCGGAGAGGAGGAGAUACAGAAACCAGAGGAGAAGGUCACAUGGGACGGUCACUCAGGCAGCAUGGCUCGUACCCAGCAGGCGGCUCAGGCUAACAUCACCCUGCAGGAGCAGAUUGAAGCCAUCCACAAAGCUAAAGGUCUAGUGCAGCAGGACGACACCAAGGAGAAGAUCGGCCCCAGCAAGCCCAACGAGAUUCCUCAGCCGCCCUUGCCAUCAGUAGCCCCCAGCCUACCCAAACCCACCCCACCCAUUAGCAUCACACCUGCUAUGGCACCUCCAGUGCGGACCACCUUGCUCCCUGCUGUUCCUGUCAUACCCAGACCUCCAGUGGCCCCUAUGGUGCGGUUGGCCCCUGGGCAAGUUCUGGCCCCCAUGCCACCCAUGCUGCAUGCCCCACGCAUCAGUGUGGUGCCCAUGCCACCCUCUGCAUCCCAUAUUAUGGCACCCAGACCUCCACCGAUGGUGGUUCCUACUGCAUUUGUACCUGCUCCCCCUGUGCCUCAACCUCCCAGCGCUGUUGCCGCCCCCAUGCCUCCUGCCCAUCCUCCACCUCCUCAUGAGGACGAGCCUUCCAGCAAGAAAAUGAAGACCGAAGACAACCUGAUUCCAGAAGAGGAGUUCCUGCGCAGGAACAAGGGACCUGUUGCAGUCAAGGUCCAGGUGCCCAACAUGCAGGACAAGACAGAAUGGAAGCUGAGUGGCCAAGUGCUGAACUUCAGCCUGCCUCUCACAGACCAGGUGUCUGUCAUCAAGGUUAAGAUCCAUGAAGCCACUGGUAUGCCGGCUGGAAAACAGAAACUGCAGUACGAGGGAAUUUUCAUCAAAGAUUCCAACUCUCUGGCCUAUUACAACAUGAACAAUGGAUCUGUCAUCCAUCUGGCCCUUAAGGAGAGAGGAGGAAGGAAGAAGUAGAUCGCUCAUCUCCUCUUUUUCAAUCCUCCACAUUAAUUAUUGUGCUUAUAAUCCUGUUACUUUUGUACACUUAAAAGAACUUGUGCUGUGCUCUGUAGAAAAACAAUUCAAAGUAAUCAGUGUCUUGUGAUUAUCCUACAUUCAGUGCAUGAAUAAUUAAAUAACACAGAACAUUUAAUAUUGUCUCCAAGCAAACUGCCCUUUUUUAGUCUCACUUUUCAUUGAGGUGAUUGUGUUAAAUAUUUGCAAAUCUAAAGUUUAGCUUUGAAACAUUACAUUUUGUCGGAUGCAUAAUAAAUACUUGUCUCUUUGGAAAACCUACCUAAUAAAUUUCAGUAAGA